UCCGUUGGAGUGAGCGCGACUGUAGCGAGCUGUGAAGCUGAAGAUGCAUUUAAUUGGGUGAAUGGAUCAGUGGAACCCCUGCUAUUAUGCUUGUAAGCGGUUCAUACAGUUAUCACGCUGCCUUCAUAUCAGAUCAUCGCACUCCCUCAGAAUACUCAUUGUGAAAGAGAGACAUCGAAUCUUAACCUCUCAGUGACCGGACUUCAAGAUGGGGAGAGAUCCAACAAGUCUCUUGCGUAGCUCAUUAGGGGCAGCAGGGAGGCGCCUCCUGCUCAUUUCACCACCCACGCCGCGCAUCAUCAGCAGAGUGAAUUGCGUGGCGUCACAACAAAGCCGUGCCUUUGCAGACGUCAAGCGGCCCUCGACCGCGCCAAAACCCAUCAUCGACAUCAGACACAUUAGGGAGAACCCGGAACUGCACGAGCAAAAUUGUCUCGAGCGCAACUACGUCCAGCAGAGCAAGAGCCCCACCCGCAUCAACGAAAUCUUUGCGCAAUGGCAGGCCCUUCAAAAGGACAGUCGCGCAGUUCGCGAGAGGUCGAACCUGUUGCGCCGCCAGAUCGCCAACCCGGCAUCCACCAGCGGCGACGACAAUGCAGAGUUUAACGAGAUUCGGGCCAAGACCCGCGACGAGCUGCUGGAAGAGGCCCGCGUGCUCAAGCAGAAGCUCGCGGCCGUGGAGCAGGACGAGGCCAAGCUCGUCGAGGAGAUGGAAGCGCUCGCCCUCGCCAUCCCCAACCUCACCAGCGACGUCACCCCCGUCGGCGACGAGCCGCGGCUGCUGAGCUACAUCAACGAGCACCCCCACGAGACGCCCAGCGCCUCAGACAAGGUGUGGCGGUCCCACGUCCACAUCGGCUCGGAACUGGGCCUCCUCGACUUCGCCGGCGCGGGCACCGUCUCGGGCUGGGGCUGGUACUACCUCCUCGACGAGGCCGCGCAGCUGGAGCAGGCCCUCGUGCAGUACGCUCUCGCCGUCGCCACGCGGCACGGCUGGCGCCAGGUCGCACCGCCCAGCGUCGUCUACAGCCACGUCGCCGCCGCCUGCGGCUUCCAGCCGCGCGACCAAAACGGCGAGCAGCAAAUCUACAGCCUCGCGCAGUCCGCCGCCGACGCCGAGCGCGGCAAGCCAGAGCUCUCCCUCGCCGGCACGUCGGAGAUCCCGCUGGCCGGCAUGAAGGCCGAGACGACCCUCGACGCCACGGAGCUGCCCGCAAAACGCGUCGCCGUCUCCCGGUGCUACCGCGCUGAAGCCGGCGCCCGCGGCGCGAGCACAAAGGGCCUCUACCGCGUCCACGAGUUUACCAAGGUCGAAAUGUUCGCCUGGACCGCGCCCGACGCCGACGAGACGGUCGAUGUCUUUGAGGAGAUGCUCGACAUCCAGACGGAGAUCCUCGGGUCUCUCGGCCUGCACUGCCGCGUCCUCGAGAUGCCGACCGCUGACCUCGGCGCCUCCGCCGUACGCAAGUGCGACAUUGAGACCUUCUUCCCGUCUCGCCAGGAGCAGAAUGACGGCUGGGGCGAGGUCACGUCUGCCAGCAUCUGCACCGACUACCAGACGCGGAGGCUCGCCACGCGGGCAAAGAUUGACGGCAAGCUUACCUUCCCCUGGACCGUCAACGGCACUGCUCUCGCCGUCCCACGAGUGCUGGCUGCGCUUUUGGAAGCCGGAUGGAACGAGCAGGAAAUGUCCGUCUCCAUUCCGGCUUGCCUGCAGCCGUGGAUGGAUGGAAAGGAAAAGAUUGUUCGCAAGACUAUCUCAUAGCACCCAAGCACUUUACAUAGUCCUGGCUUGAAAUGAGGACACGGACAUGGUAUCUUUUGUAACAACACUUGUAUUCGCACUCCUUUGUAUGAGCAUUGUCACGUGCAUCUGGCGCAUCUCGGUAAAAUCAAAAGUCGAGUCGUCGAGGCUCAUCAAAACACAUGUUCAUCAUAUGGCACACGGCUGUAGGGAGGUAAUAAUUUUAUACUUUACUA